AUUACGUCAAACAGUUGACGUUUGACACAAUUUUGUGACGAAAUUGCCAUAUCAUGGUUGCGUCACAGAUCGUGAAAUCCUUCAAACAUCAACAUGGCGCAUUGGUUCCACAGGAACCCUUUAAAGGCAACAUCGCAAAUCAAUUUCGAUUUGAAAAUGAUUGUCAGUGACAGUCAGGCAAUAAAACUUUGCAGUGAACUUCGGCUUGCAAGAAAUCGGCUUUUGGAUUUAUUAUGUGAUCCAAAUAAUAGUGUGGAAAAUGUUGAAAAUUGUCUGAACAACUAUCUUUCUCUGCUUCAAGGCUUAUUCAUUGCUAUAGAUGAGAAAGGUGGAGAAAGUAAACUUCGUUAUGCCAUACGAUUUCGAUGGUCAAAUACAAUGCUUGGCAAUGCUGCAAAUGCACAGCAGGAUGCAAUUUUUGAACUUGUUUCCAUAUGCCAAAAUUAUGGAAUAUGGCUAAUGAAACAUGCAGCUAUGAUUGCAGGCAAAGAUGACAUAAACAUGGAUGAAGCUAAAGAAGUUCAUAAAUGUCUACGGAAAGCUGCUGGAAUAUUUAGUACUGUCCAGGAAAAAUAUAUUGGGCAGCUAUUACAAAAGCCAGAUCCAGGUUCAGAUUUGGAUAAUAAAGUAGUUCAGGCAUACAUUAAUCAAUGUACUGCUGAAGCCCAAGAAGUAACAAUUGCAAGAGCAAUUGAAUUAAAGCAUGCACCAGGACUAAUAUCUGCAUUGGCAAAUGAAACUUCAAGAAUGUAUAAAGCUGCAGCUGAUUCAUUAAAUGGUUUAAAUCCAAAACACUAUGGAAAAUGGUGGAAAUAUCUUCAACUGAAAUCAUCAUUUUAUUUAUCUUAUGCAUAUUGUUAUGCAGGAGAAAAUCUAUUACAACAAGAAAAAUGUGGUGAAGCUAUUAGAGCUUUAAACGAAAGUGAAAAAUAUCAAUCUGAAGUGAAAAUAUUAAGUAAAGAAUAUUCACAAACUAAAGGACCAGGAAUAGGUGCAAAACCAGAACAGCAUUUAUUCUUUCGUAAAUUGGGAUCAAUUGUAAAACUUACACUUGAUAAAUGUGAAAGAGAAAAUGGAUUUAUAUUUCAUCAGAAAGUACCAAAAGAUCCUCCUGAGUUAGAACUUAAAGCUACUUAUGGUCUAGCUAGUCCUGAAGAAUUUGCUUUGCCAUCUAUUAAUCCAAUGUGGAAUCCUACAAUUUAUGCAGCAUUUGAUAUGCCUCGUACCAAUCCUUUUGAUCCUGCAAAUUCUGCUGCAACUAAAGCUGAGGGAGAUUUACCCCCAGUUAAAGAAGCUAAUGUACAUCAGUCAAACAAAGAUCCAAAAAAUAAUAGUGGAUGUGUCAUUCAGUAAAAGAAUAUAAAUUAUCUUGUUAAAAAAUAAAUAAAUAAACGUUCUAUUUAUAUGUAUUCAAAAGAAAGAUAUUCCAUACUUUUGCUACAUGAGAAAUCAAAAGCAAAUGCCAAUAAUUUUAUAUUAUAAAAUAAUGCAUACAUUUAGUGAUAACAUUAUCUGUGAAAUAAGAAUUUCAAAUUAAUAUUUCAAAAACAAGUUUUAAAAAAAUUGUUCUAUAUGAUAUGUUUAUAAUGAUUUAUUGAUUUAUUAUAUUGCUAUUAAUUCAUAAUUAAUAUAUUAAUAUAUGAUAUUCAUGAAAUUUAAUGAAAUCAUAUCAACUUGUUUUUCCCCAGAAGUGAAGUGUAUAUGUACUGAAAAAAUUGUUAAACGAUCUGUGAUUAAGAGUUUUAAAUAUAAGAGAAAGAAAAGGUUCAUUGCAAAUAUUUGAAUGUAAAUUAAUAUUAUCUCAAAUUGUUCCGUAUAGUUGAAUUUGUGUAGUAUUGUCAUAUUUGUUAAAUGAUACAUAAAAUUACAUAUCUAAUUGUUUUAUCUCUCAUUGCAAAAAUGUUACCAUGGAUAAAAUGAAAAUGUAAGUAAUUUUCAAUGUUAUUUGAGAAAUCAUUGAAAAAAAUCCACAAAAUGCACAUUUUAUUGAAAAUUUAUUUAAUAUAAUUGUAAUUAAAUUUACCAUUAUGGCUAUAUACAGUGUAUCAGUCAUAAAAAUUAGGCAUUUGAGCAGCGAAAAAGUUUGCAGUAUGAGAUUAUAAAACAUUUAUUUACAACUUAAAAUAUUUGUUUUGUCAAAAUUAAUCAAAACUAAAAUUUAAAAAUUGAUUUAAAUAUAUACAUUUUUAAUGAAUUUCUCAAAAAUUUGCUUUAAGUGACUAGAUACAUCAAAACACUAGGAAUGCAUUAGUUUAUAAAGCUAUAGAAUUUUGCAUUUUAUGUACAAGGAGGCCCAAAAGUCAGUUAAUGAAGUUAUAUUUACUUUAAUUGUUUUAGGAACAGUUAUGUGAUAAUGAUCAUAAUUUACAUGAAUCACAAAUGACUAUAUGAAGCUGCUCUAAACCAGUUUAAACUCUUCCUAACAUGAUCUUAAUAUAUAGCUCAGUUAACUGGUUUUUAGGCCACACUGUAGAGCACAAGAGCUAUGUUUAUGCGAUUAAAAAUAUUCUGAUUAUAAGAUUUGGAUAAUCGUAUGACUAUUUUUAAAAUAUGUCACAUACAUGAAAAGCAUUACAUAAGUAUGAAGAGAUUUUAAUAUUCAUAAACAAUUAACAGCUUUUUAGCAUUUUCAUUUUGUCUAUGCACGAGUCAUUAUCUCAAAUACAUGCUUUGUUUGUAAAUAGGAAAUUAUUAUAAAUAUAAAUAAUUAAAUAGUUUAAAAGAAUUAUGACUGUUUGCCUUGGAAAAUGUUAAAUUGCAAAAAGAAAAAUGCAAUUGAUGUACGUAUUGUAUAUAUCUUAAUCAAAAGUAAUGCCCGAAAGCUUUCCGAAAAAGUACGUUUAAUUGUUAAUUAAAACAUUUGAUCUCUAACUUCUUUUGCAUAAAUAUGAUUUGUUAUAUUUUGCAUGAACAUUUUAAUUCUGUAGACUCGUACUUUGUAGUUACAUUUAAGUGUUAUGGUCCUUGAAAUUUAAACUGUAUUAUAAAUUUCUCUUUUUCUACUAGGAAAUUCCAAAAUUUGAUAAAAAUUUUUGUACUAAUAGAUUCAAGUUUUGAAGUUUAUUAUUCUUAUUAUUAUAAAAUUUGUACUCAAAUGUACAGAUUUACUGUUUUAUUUAUGUUGUAAAAUAUAUGACUUCUGUAUAACUAUAACAAAAUUUGCAUAAUUUAUGAAAUUUUGUACUUGUAUUUCACAAAUUUAUUUUAUAAUUAUUAAUAAAUUAAAUAUUCAUUUGGAUAAAGUGAAAAAAAUAGGAAUUUUAAGUAGAUUUUAGAAAACUUUGGGACCAUCUAAUAGUUGAAGUAAGUAAUUUUUGUGCAUUAUUUAUCUAGAAAUUUAUUAUGAAGUUUUAUAUAAUUAGCAAAAUAUAAUUGAAAGUUUAUUUGUUUUAAAUUACUUUAUGAUAAUCUAGUUUUAUUUAUUUUUAAUUUUUAAAUAAAACUUUAAUGAUUCAAAAAUUGAAUUUUUCUUCCUGAAUUUUAGAGAAAACAUUUAAAUUUUGAAUGCAACGAAAAUUUACUUUAGUUUUAGAUCUGCAGAAUAGUUGCGCAAUUGAUAUCAUUAUGCCACCGUAAGAGGUCCAAGCUUGAAUUUAUUUUGGAAUCUUAUAAUUCACCAUGGAUAGUUGAGUUGAGAUGAGGUCCUUAUAUUUCAGGUUUUGAGUCUGGGUCGGUUUAGAAAUUUUAAGCACGAGUUGAUCUAUGUAUCUCAGGCUAUCUUCCACAAUCUCAUCAUCCCAUUGUGAUUCUGUGAAACCCAGUGGUUAUUGUAGAAGAUUUACUUAAUAGCCUACUCAUAAGUCAUUUGUCUCAAGUGGCAUCUGGUAUUGAAAGUAAGCAUUUCCAGGGUUUGUUUGACAUCGACACCACUGUAUUUUUUUUUAAUUCUCCGUCCUUUGGGCACUAAGAAGGCCAUUUCAGCAAUCCCAUUAUGGAUUCGGCUAGACCUUCAAUGGAGUGGGGGAUUUAUUUGUAUUAAUUGUUAAUUUAAAAAAUAUUCCGUAUUUGUAUAUACUAUUUAAUACGUAGAAAAUAAAGAACACAAUUUUUAUAUAUAAAUAAAACGAUAUUACUGACGACCAUAAAACGAAUAUACAUUGCCGAAAUUAAAAUUUUGUCUAGUUUUAAGUGCCUUGAGUUACGGGACGGAAAUAAUGAAAAUACGUCGUUUCGUUAUAAAAACGAGGGCCAACUCCGAGAUCGAAGAGCUGUAAAAUUGUGCAAGGAAGAUGGAUGGCCACGUAAAGGUAAUCCAGUAAGAAGACCGAAGUGUCCAAGUAUCGAAGAGGUGAUAACCAAAAGUACGCUUUAACUGCGUAUAUCAGUAGUGGAUAACACAAACAAACGUUGUUGAAGAAUCCAAAAAGCCAAAUUAUUUUCCAGAUGAUUUUCAAGAAACCCAUUUUCGAACUCGUUCUCUUCUUCUAUUUUUGCUAACUUUUGUUAACGAUUAUUUGCAAUAAACACAAAGAAUUAUAUUGUUACUUAAAAAAAUGUUAAAGAUUUAAACAACAGUUUACUUUUCUUC